ACGUAGAGAGAAGUACUUACAAUUUAUCUUAAAAAACGAUUAUUCAGUUCGUUUUAGUAGAAGCUAAGAUUUUAAAAGGUAGAUGCGUUCUUAUACAUUAAUUAGUUACAGCAUUUAAUCAUGGAUAUAAAAACAAAGAUCAGCAACAAAAUAGCCGUAAUAACCGGUGGUCUCGGAGGAAUUGGGUUUCAAACAGUACAACACUUAUUGAAAAAUGGAGUAGAGUACAUCGCUAUGUUUGAUCUACCAAAAUCUAAUGAUGAAAAAGUUUUAAAAAGUUUGCAAGACUUGGAAAAAAAAUUCAAUAAAAAUAAAUUCGGGUAUUUUUCGUGUGACGUAAGUAACAAGCAUGAAUUCAAAGCUAAUUUUGAUAUGGUUGUCGAAUUGAAGAAACGUGUUGACAUUUUUAUAAACAAUGCUGGAAUAAUAAAUGAAAAACAACUUGAUUUGAGUAUCGACAUUAAUUAUAAAGCAGUAGUGGUUGGUACACUUAUGGCAAUCGAUCAUAUGAGAACUGAUAAAGGUGGAAAAGGAGGGGUAAUCGUCAAUAUUGCUUCAACGGCGGGCUUACGUAACUUCUCAAUUUUUCCUGUGUACAAUUCCACAAAGCACGCUGUCGUUUCCUUUGUUAGAUCACUCAAAAAUUUCAAUAAAAGUCUCGGAGUUAAUGUCGUGUGUCUCUGUCCUAAUUUGACAAACACACCGUUGGCAAACAAACAAGAAUUACCGAAAAAAUUGCUUGAUUUUGUUGAUGGCAAAGUUCUCUCGGAAUAUUUCAAAACUGCUUACAUGCAAAAGCCAGAAAGUGUUGCCAUUGCUGUGAUGGAAAUAAUCAACAAGGGAGACUAUGGAGCUGUUUGGAUUGUCAGCAACGACGUGACAGAAGGAGUACGAGAGAUAAACGAAGUCGAUGAGUUAAGCUACAAACUUGAAUGA